UCAAUAUGCUCGUGCACUUUAAAUCGCGCUGCUCGCAGGCUGCCUGCGAGCCCCAGGCCGCCUGGCACGCCACGAGUGGCCGGCUGGGCGUGCUCGGGGACGUGGGCGCACCCGUGGGUGCUGCCUCACCCUGCCACGGCUCCGCUCGUGGUGCUGGGGCUGCGCACAUGAGUGGCGAGGACACACGCACGGCCGUGGGGAGCCAGCACCGGCUGCCACCGCGAGGCGUGGGAGAGAGCCCUGCCACCCCUCCGGGCACGUCAGGCUGCCUCGCACCAUGCCCUCAUUCGACGAGGUGUUGAAGGAAGCUGGGGAAUUUGGACGGUUUCAGAAAAGAGUCUUUUUCCUCCUUUGCCAGACCGGCGUCACUUUUUCCUUCCUAUUCGCCAGUGUGGUUUUCCUGGGGCAGGCGCCGGGCAACUACUGGUGCAGAAUCCCUGGGGCAGCCGAAUUAAGUAAAAGAUGCGACUGGUCACUCGAAGAGGAGCAGAACUUCACCCUGCUGCACCUGCGCCUGGCGAACGGCUCGGCCAGCGGGCAGUGCGAGCGGCUGGAUAUAUCCUGGGACACCUCCACCAGCUGUGCCAGCCCCCUCGCCCACCGCCCCAAUGUCAGCACGGGCAGCCCACGGCUCGCAGCCUGCCAGGGCAGCUGGGUGUACCACCAGCCCCACUCGUCCAUUGUCAGCGAGUAUAACCUUGUGUGCGGCCGCUCCUGGAUGCUAGAUCUCUCACAGGCUAUCCUCAAUCUGGGGUUUCUGGCUGGUGCAUUCACCCUCGGCUACGCGGCAGACAGAUAUGGCAGAAUCCUCAUCUAUCUGCUCUCCUGCCUUGGGGAUGGGAUAUGUGGAAUCAUAGUAGCAUUCGCUCCAAACUUUACUGUAUUUUUGAUCUUCCGUUUUCUCCAAGGUGUGUUUGCCAAGGGAACCUGGAUGACAUGCUAUGUGAUCGUAACAGAGAUCGUCGGUUCUUCCCAGCGGAUCAUUGGGAUCGUGAUACAGAUAUUUUUCACCCUGGGAAUUAUGAUUCUUCCUGGAAUUGCCUACUUGGUUCCCACUUGGCAGGGGAUCCAGCUGGCCAUUUCACUGCCCAACUUCCUUUUCCUGGUCUACUACUGGUUCGUUCCUGAAUCUCCACGUUGGCUCCUGACACGCAAAAAGGGAGAGAAGGCAUUAAAAAUCAUGCAUGACAUUGCAAAACACAAUGGGAAAUAUCUCUCACCACAUUACUCAGAGAUCACUGUUAGCAACGCAGAGGUCAGCAAUCCCUCCUUUCUGGAUCUGGUGAGGACACCUCAGAUGAGGAGAAACACGCUUAUCCUGAUGUAUGCCUGGUUCACAAGUGCCCUGAUCUACCAAGGGCUUGUCAUGCGCCUAGGAAUUGUUGGAGGAAACCUCUACCUGGACUUCUUCAUUUCAGGAGCUGUUGAGCUGCCUGCUGCUCUCCUAAUUUUAGUGACAAUUGAUCGCUUUGGCCGGCGACUUCCCUUCGCAAUAAGCAACUUUGUGGCAGGAAUUGCAUGUCUCAUUACUGCCUUCUUGCCAGAAGAUAUCCCAUGGUUCAAAACCACGGUGGCCACGCUGGGAAGGCUGGGCAUCACAAUCGCUUUUGAAAUCGUCUACCUUGUGAACUCUGAGUUAUACCCAACAAUACUGAGAAACUUUGGUGUUUCCCUGUGCUCGAGUUUGUGUGACCUAGGUGGGAUCAUAGCCCCAUUCCUGCUUUUCCGAUUAGCAGCUGUUUGGUUGGAGCUACCUCUAAUUAUUUUCAGUAUUCUCGCGGUUGUCUGUGGGAUCCUAGUAAUGCUUUUACCAGAGACAAGGGGAAUCUCCUUACCAGAGACAGUGGAGGAUGUAGAGCAGCUUUCAAGUCCUUAUGGUAAAUGUGGCAAGAAAAGGAAACAUCAGGACACCAACUCUUAUAUAUGAUCUUUGAAGGAUGGCACUGAAGAAAGAAUCAUGUUCCCACACUGGUAAUUUAUUCUCCACUUGCCGCCACUUUGAAGUUUGCUGCAGAGUGUGGAUAAAAACACAUGUUCUUCUUCUAAGUGUAAUGACAUUCAGAACAAGCAGUGUAUUUUUCUGUAAAUAUGGAAUAAAUUUGUUUUUUCUAAGUGCUGUUUCCAGAAAGGGAAUAUUCUUUGGUUUAGGUAGAACAGAUCUGCUUAAAAAGAUGCACUAUCUAGCUCAGUGAGCUCUUAUUUAUUUCUUUGUAUAUUUGAGCCAUUUGUUUAUUUCUAUUAUUAGCAUAUACCCUUGGGUGAGGACAGCUGGAAAUGAUAAGAUUUGGAUGACUUUGGGGAAGAGAG